GACCUUUAACCUCCAUUGGUAAGACAAAGAUGCCUGAGGACUUGCGCUUCACACUAAUUGUCCUUAGCAAGUAAAACAGCCAGGGCCCUCUUUUGCAUUGAGAUCGAACUACCGGUAACAACAGAAGAGGUCUGCAGCUUACCUCAGUACAUUUGGCUGCAAUAUGGGAAUUAUCAACAAAUCAAGUAGAAAAAUCCUGCAUUCUCCUCAUGAAAGGGAAAUUAUGACUUUAGUUUGGUCCUUUAAGCCAAAAAUUGGGGAUUUUGUUCAAGUUGGGCUUGACAAUUCUCCAAGAGCUCUAUCUAGCUCAUACUAUAACCCCAGAUUUUGACAUUUUCACUGACACUGAAUGUUUUUACUAAGAAAACAUUCAUUAAUUAAUUGAUUAGUCUAUUAAUUGCGCUUUUAACUUAUUGGUUUAAUUCAUUUCCGGAAAAUUAAUCUCCAUUUGUUUGCCAAAGCGCUGGACUAGAAGCAGGAAAACACCUUGAUCAGUGAAAAAUGAGUCAAACAUCUAAACAAUGUUAGCCACUCAUCUGGAUGUAUUCAAUAUUGUUCAGGCUAAGUUCUUGGCAGCUGAAGUAGUAAAAAGCAUUAAUUUAAAUGUAUCGAUAGUGGAUGGGCCACAAAAUAACAGUAAUAGAAUUUUGGCUUUAGUGGAGUACAACAAUUCUUUUGCUUUAUUUGUGCUUGUCUCCUCCCGAACUCAACCAGUAAGCUUUUCUGAUCUGUCGAUCGAAACUGUUGUUCCUGUUGAUCAGAGCUUUGCUUGUGAAACAGAGCCAGUUGCCGGUCAGAAUCAUGUUAUACUGGUAAUAAAGUACAAACAGAAUCGAUAUGAAUAUAACAUAGAAGUGGGAAAAGAGAGUUGUAAUUUUGCAGCGGAACUUAUCAGGUCCAAGGAGGUAGUAUCAACCAGCAAACCAAACUUUACCUGGCUGGAGAAGUACUUUGGCACCAUGAAUCAGUCCAAUAGGAACUCGGACCCCAUAUCAGAUCAAUCCGAAUUCGUGUUAGUUCGAGAUGGAAUGACCCAGGGACAAACUGCCAUUAACAGAGAGUCUAUGCUCCGAUAUCAGCUGAAGUUGCGGGACUCAGAAUUUACACAGAAACAGGAAUUUACAAUUUUCGUUGGAACUUGGAAUGUAAACGGUCAACCAUGCAGCGCCUCCUUAAGAUCCUGGCUUAGCUACGAUGAAAAUCCUCCUGAUGUGUAUGCCAUUGGUUUUCAAGAGAUCGACUUGAGCAAGGAAGCAUUUAUUUUCAACGAUACUCCCAGAGAAGCCGAAUGGCAAAAACUGGUAAUGGAUGGAUUGCAUCCGAAUGCGAAAUAUAGAUUAGUGGCUCUAGCCAGGUUGGUUGGGAUGCAGCUGGCUGUUAUGAUCAAUAACCAACAUUAUCAGCACGUUCGCAAUGUGUCUUUCGAUACUGUCGGCACUGGUUUAUUAGGAAAAAUGGGCAACAAAGGAGGAGUGGCAGUUAGACUCGAGCUCCAUAACACGUCCCUUUGCUUUGUUAACUGCCACUUGGCGGCCCAUGUCGAAGAGUACGAAAGGCGAAACCAAGAUUACAAGGACAUCAAUGCGAGGAUUAAUUUUCGAAGAAACCCUCCAGCCAUUAAGGAUCAUGACCAGGUAUACUGGUUAGGGGAUCUAAAUUAUCGAAUAACCGACUUGUCGAACACCCAAGUAAAAGUGCUGUUGCAGCGGAACGAAACGAACGCCCUUCUCAAAGUGGAUCAAUUAAAUCAACAACGCGAAAGGGGUAAUGUGCUUCUGGACUACUUGGAGGGCGACAUCACCUUUCAGCCCACCUAUAAGUUCGAUUUAUUUACUGAUGUCUACGAUACCAGCGAAAAAGCACGCCCUCCCGCCUGGACUGAUCGGAUAUUAUGGCGUGGUCGAGGCAUCCAUCAGCUGUACUACCGGAGUCAUAUGGAUUUAAAAGUAAGCGAUCAUAAGCCAGUCAGUGCGUUAUUUAAAUCGGAAAUUAGUGUGGUGGAUCCAACGAAGUAUCGGAAAGUUCACGAAGAUCUGCUGAAGAAGAUGGAUAAGCACGAAAACGAAUUUUUGCCUCAAGUGACGGUCGAUCAAACUGAGGUCACAUUCGAUUUGGUUAAAUUUCGUGAGCCGCAAUGUAGGGAUAUAAUUAUUGCAAACACCGGAGUGAACGCUGAACUUCUUCAGGUCCCAGCAGAAUUCGAAUUUAUUAAAAAAUUGGAUGAAUCUUUCUACUGCAAAGACUGGCUACGGAUUGUGCCUUUUUCCGGCAGCAUCAACCCAGGUGAAAAAUGCGAUGUGAGACUGGAAGUGAAUUUAGAAACCGACCUGGAUACCUUAGACGAUAUAUUAGUUUUGCACUUGAAAGGCGGCAAAGACAUGUUCAUCAUAGUUAACGGAACGUGCCAAAAGUCGUGCUUCACACAGUCACUGUCUUCACUGGUCCGAAUACAAGUGCCCAUUUUGCACUUGAGCGAUGAAGAGUGGAAUUUAGCGCGAAACAAUAUAUCGCCCAUCUACUAUUCGGUGCCCAGAGAACUGUGGCUUUUAGUAGACUAUUUAUACAGACACGGCUUGAAAACUAGAGAUCUUUUUGAGUCUUGUGCGCUUCACGAAGAGCUCAUACACAUCCGCGAUUGGCUAGAUUGCGGAUCUCAAGAACCAAUUCCUGGAACGCCGCAAGCCAUCGCCGAAUCGCUUCUAUUGUUUUUGUCUUAUACCAAAGACCCAGUCAUUCCGUUUGAGCUUCAAGAUGUUUGCAUUGCUGCAGCCAACAACUUCGAAAACUGUCGACAGUUGAUUCUUCAAAAAGUGAACGACAUUCACCGUACAGUGUUUCUCUACGUCUGCAUGUUUCUACAAGAGCUGUUAAGGUAUAGCAACGAUAACGGUUACGAUGCCAAAACGUUGGCUUCGCUGUUUGGGGAUAUAUUACUUAGAGAUCAGAUUAGAAACUCCAAGCCACAGGCCAGUAGAGGGAAAGCUAACUUUGUAUACAAUUUUCUUAUGAAUGAUCUGAGCUCAUCGCUUCUUCCGAAGUGAAUUAGCAACAAUAAUCAGGUAGGAUCUAGUAAAUGAGCAACUAAUAAUCUAAUAGUCUGCAAAUUCGAACAAGUAUAUUAAUUAUCCUGUUGCCAUUGGCUUUGCGGAAAGUAGAUGGCUUUUUGUGUUUACAUUUUGUACGAGUUGAACAAAUAAUAAUUCUGAGAA